CUCUCAGGGGUUUAAGCGGUUUCUUUCCUUCUCAGAAUUUCCAAAUUUCUCAUUGUUUAAUCUCUCUCAAUUUCUUCCCCACAAAUUUCAUCCUCAAAAUUCCCAUAGUUUUCUCGUCAAAUUUGUCUCCAUAGUAAUCUAAAUCUGGUGGGCUCGAUUUGGUUCGGUUCGGUUAUGCAUUGUGUAUGAAUGUUUGAUAAUCACUUCUUGGCAUGUAUAACUAAGAUAUGGUGUCAAAGAAGAGUAUAUAUCAUGGACCACGUGACGAUUUCCAAUCCUCCGUCAUACCUAAAGCUCCAAGAUCUUUAAGGAAGAGUCCGCAUAAAAGAUCCUCAGAUGGUAGCAAACUAUGCGCAUUUGAAUUGUUGGCAGCCGUAGCCGACAAGUUGUUGCAGGAGAGUGAGAGUUCUACGUCAAGCAUUGGUCAAGAACCGAAAGAACAGGCUACGUUUCCUAUUGUCAAGCGAGAAGACAUUGAAGUCAAAGUCAACGAUGUAAAGUCAAACCAUUUUGAUCAUGGAAGCUCUACAGAGAGUGAGUCUAAUCUAACAUUGAAAUUAGAUCCUCCUUUGAAGUCGUCACCGGAAUCUGGUAACGAUUCUGGUUUGGAACAUGUUUCCGAGGUUAGAAUCGUCAAUAGUGUAAAUGUAGAUCUACCCUUAUAUAAGAACCCCGUUUCAUGUUUCUCGAAACAUAGGGGAAAUGUAAAGACGGGUAUUACAGAUGAUGAUGAUAAUUCGUUUAGACCCGAUUGCCGUGGGGCCCGAAUGAGGGCAUUUAGGUCACGGUCACGCUCACAAGCCGGAUAUAGAAGAAUAAGAAAGAUGUUGACUUCUAGAUACCGAAAAGUAACUCUAACAAAAGAUUAUGAACUCACUAACCCUACAAGUCAAAUAGAGGCUGCUUACAAAAGGAGAAAGUUAUUUCAUCAUAGGCCAAAAUCUUCAUAUGAAAAUAAGAAAAAUAAAGUGAAAUUUAGCAUAAAUUCCUUUAAAGUGCCCGAACUUUAUAUCGAGAUACCAGAGAACGCGACUAUAGGUUCACUAAAGAGGCUAGUUAUGGAGGCUAUUAGAACAUAUCUAGGAGGCAAACUACGUGUUGGGAUGACUCUCGAGGGCAAAAAGGUCAAAGACAACAAUAGAACGCUAAAACAAAUCGGUAUUUCAGUGAAUCGUGACCUCGACACUUUAGGAUUUACAUUGGAGCCUAGUUUACCAAACGACAUUAGUCGAGAGCCGUCAAGCUGUACAGCCGGUCCCGUUCUGGAUGUGGGAUUUUCAAACGGUUCACUAGAUCAUCCUCCGGAAACUAGUUUAGAGUUAGACAAGUGUGUUGAUAAGAAUCAUGAAAUUGUACCUUUAGAAACUGAAAUACUAACAGAAGAAAAAGCGGCGGAUUCCAACGCGCUUGUGCUAGCUGUCCCCAUUAACUACAAACCGAUUAAGAAAUCAGAAGUUACACAAUGUAGAAGAAUUAGGAGACCGUUUUCUGUAACGGAAGUAGAAGCACUUGUUGAAGCAGUUGAAACGCUUGGCACUGGAAGAUGGCGUGAUGUUAAGUUGCGUGCGUUUGAUGGCGCGGAUCAUAGAACGUAUGUGGACUUAAAGGACAAGUGGAAAACACUGGUUCACACAGCAAACAUCUCACCUCAGCAGAGAAGGGGUGAGCCCGUGCCGCAGGAUUUGUUGGACCGGGUCCUGGCUGCACACGGGUAUUGGUCUAACCAUAAGGUUAAACAACUCAAGCACAAGACCGAACCGCUUGGAAUUCUGGGUGGUUCGAGUGUAGAGUUUGUGGGCAUCUGAAAAGUUGGUCAGAGAUGGAAUGUACAAAAUUUAGAGAAAAAAUGUCAAGAAACAUGGGAAAACAGGACAUUAAACAGGGUUGUUUAUGUGUUAUUAUCUAGUUUGUAUCAGGGGUGAGCAGAAAAUAGAAAUAACCGAACCGUGACCGAAAUAAUCAAAAAAACCAAACAGAAACAAAAAUCGACGGUUCGGUUUUCGGAUUUUUAAUAACCGAAAAUUUCGGGUCCA